CCCCGCGCUGUUGACGCCAGGCCAAGGCUCUUUUCUCACUUGCUUAAACAUAGCGGUUAUACUUUGUGGGAAUACGCCCGUUACAUGGAGGUUAUAGGCGUCGGCAUCGCCGGCGCCGUUGUUACAUCUUACACUUCAUACAAGAUAUGGGAACGGACCCAGCAAACGCCCGUCGAGUGCUACCAAGCAAAGGUUGGCGCUUUCCUCUGGCGUAUUUACAAAGGCGACGUGGAAGACGAAUAG